AUGACAGUCCGUCUCGGCAUCAACGGAUUCGGGCGCAUCGGUCGCUCGGCAUUCCGCUCCUCGCUCGAGCGCACCGACGUCGACAUCGUCGCCAUCAACCAUACGUGCGACGACGCCGCGUACCUCAUCCACGCCCUCACCUACGACACCACCCACGGCACAUCAAAGUACGCCGGGUGCAUGGACAUCCUCGACGACGCCGACGAGCAAGGAAGACGGAAGCAGUACCUCGUCGUCUACUCGCCCUCCAGCGGCGCCGAGAGGACCGUGCUGGCCAAGGCGCUCCUGUUCAGCCAGAGGGACGCGACCAAGCUCGAUUGGUCGGCGGCUCGCGUCGACAUCGUCCUCGAGUGCACGGGAAAGCUGAAGACAAAGGAGGCCGCUUCUGCCCACCUCGCUCCCAAACCCACCACGGUGGCCGCCUCGACUGGCUCCGCUUCGACCGCAGUCACUUCACUAUCGACGCCGAUGCCGCCGCCGCCGCCGUCACCGCCGCGGUACGUCAUCAUCUCUGCGCCCUCGUCGGACGCGCGCACAUUCGUGUACGGCGUCAACCACGGCGAUUUCGACGCCGACGCCGACCGCAUCGUGAGCAACGCCAGCUGCACGACCAACGCGCUGGCGCCGCUGGUGCACAUGCUGGAGCGCCUCUACGGCGUCGACCAGGGCAUGAUGUCGACGGUGCACGCCUCGACGGCGUCGCAAAAGGUGCUCGACGGCUUCAGCAGCAAGCGCACCGACUGGCGCUCCGGCCGCUGCGCCAGCGCCAACAUCAUACCCACCUCGACGGGCGCCGCCAAGGCCCUCUCCAAGGUGCUGCCCUGGACCGAGGGAAGGCUGCACGGCAUCUCGAUUCGCGUGCCCGUGUGCAACGUCAGCAUGAUUGACCUCACCGUCCAGCUGAGCCGCCCCUGCCCGUCCAAGGAGGAAAUGAUGCGCAACCUCGACCGCCUCGCCGCCUCCGACCCGGCCCUCGCCACCGUCUUCGCCAGCACCGACCUCGCCCUCGUCUCGUCCGACUUUAUCGGUCGCCAGGAGAGCUGCAUCGCCGACGCCGACGCGUCGUGCCGCCUCGGCGACAACUGGUACAAGAUCAUCGCGUGGUACGACAACGAGACGGGCUACGCCACCCGCCUCCUCGACCUCGCACGCCACAUGGACCUCAAGAGCAAGGCGGCGGCCGCCGUCGUGCCCGUCGCCUGCCAGGUCGCUCUGCCACCCUCGGCCGUGUCGCUCACCGCCGCGGCCAUAUAG